AUGGCUGAAGAAGACGUUCAGACACUCGUUAUCGAUAACGGCUCUGGUAUGUGCAAGGCUGGCUUCUCUGGUGAUGAAGCCCCACGCUCUGUUUUCCCAUCCGUUGUCGGCCGUCCAAAGUACAAACAACAAUUAGUUGGUGGCAAUGCUAAGGACGUUUUCGUUGGUGAUGAAGCCUGCUCCAAGGCUGGUGUCCUCAUCCUCAAGUACCCAAUUGAACACGGUAUCGUCAACAACUGGGAUGAUAUGGAAAAGAUCUGGCACCACACAUUCUACAACGAACUUCGUGUUGACCCAACAGAGCACCCAGUUCUUCUUACAGAAGCCCCACUCAACCCAAAGGCUAACCGUGAGAAAAUGAUCUCCCUCAUGUUCGACACAUUCAACGUCCCAUCCUUCUAUGUCGGCAUCCAGGCUGUUCUUUCCCUCUACUCUUCUGGCCGUACAACAGGUAUCGUUUUCGAUGCUGGUGAUGGUGUUUCCCACACAGUUCCAAUUUACGAAGGCUACUCCCUUCCACACGCCAUCAUGAGACUUAACCUCGCUGGCCGUGAUCUCACAGCCUGGAUGGUCAAGCUUCUCACAGAGCGUGGCAAUGCUUUCAACACAACAGCCGAAAAGGAAAUCGUUCGUGACAUCAAGGAGAAGCUUUGCUAUGUUGCCCUCGACUUCGAUGCUGAAAUGGAGAAGGCCGCUACAGACUCCUCCAUCAACGUCAACUACACACUUCCAGAUGGCAACGUCAUCACAAUCGGCAAUGAGCGCUUCCGCUGCCCAGAAAUGCUCUUCAAGCCAUACUUCGAUGGUAUGGAAUACGAUGGUAUCGACAAGACACUCUUCGACUCCAUCAUGAAGUGCGAUAUCGAUGUUCGUAAGGAUCUCUACGCUAACAUCGUUCUUUCUGGUGGCUCAACAAUGUUCAAGGGCAUCGCCGAACGUCUUGACAAGGAAAUCACAGCUCUUGCUCCACCAACAAUGAAGGUCAAGAUCGUCGCCCCAGAAGAGCGUAAGUACGCCGUUUGGGUCGGUGGCUCCAUCCUUGCUUCCCUCGCUACAUUCCCACAGAUGGUUAUCACCAAGGAGGAAUACGACGAGGCUGGCCCAUCCAUCGUUCACCGCAAGUGCUUCUAA